UAACGAGACGGAUCGUCCCAGAGGGGCAUCAGGAUAACCGAGGGUUGCAUGCUGGUUUUGCUUCAAGGUUAGCUUUUUCCUUUUUUACCGUUUUUCUUUUUUACAUAUGACGCGUUACGACUAUGAUACAGAAAUUGAGAAAGACGUCGAGAUCAUGACGGAAGUAGACAUGUGGCUGUGUGAUAUCUCUGUUCUCUCAGUGUCUCUCAACAAGAUCGGAAAGACAAGCAUCUGGCGAGAAGACCCGUCCAGCUUUACCGCACUACCUAACCUAGCCUUAGCUAACAACCAGCGCCCCCACCCCACCCCAACCCAAGAAAAAAAAUCCAUCACGAUUACGCCUGAGAGUGAAGCCAGCCAGCCCGCUAAACACGCGCCAACGCGGAGCCGCGCGGAGCUAGUGACGACGCAGAUCCAGACGUCACAAGCCCUCUCCGUCGUGGCAGAAGGAUGCCGAUGGAGCGGUGCGAGCGGUCGGACAACGACAGAAAAUCACGAGGCUGGCGCGCACAGGUGUGCUCCUGCUCCUGCGGCCAGACCCUGGCGGCGUCAUCUUACGCCAAGCAGGCGAAGGAAGAGAAAGAUGCUGAAGCAAGCAAGCAAGCAAGCAAGAUAUGUACGCACGCACGCAGCCGGCUUGCUGGCGCAUGCCUCAUUGUUCGGCGGUCGUGCCGCCUCGGGCCUUUUCCCCGCAGUAGCUCAGGCACGCGACCGCUAGGUAGGUGUGUGUAUGUACUCUGCCUGCCCAUGCUCGGUGUGGAUGGCGCACGCACGAGAUCCAACGCAAGGCAAGGGGGAGGGCGGACGGGCGACGAACGACGCGGGCCAAGACGGAUGGGCGGGCGGCUGUGGCUAGCCGGCUUGGGCGGGCGCGCGCGUUUGUGCCGGCUCUCUUGACCUUACUGCGUGUGUGGAUGAUGGACACGACACGUUCUUUUCGCGGUUUGGUGUGUCCCUACAUAGGUGCUCUAGGGUUGCGAUAUAACGGCUGCACUAACUGGCUGUGUGGCGCGGCUUGCUAACUACCUAGCUGUUCUUGAAUAGGUACUGCGGCUUGGCUUGCCCUACACUACUACUGUCUGCCGCGGUUUGUUUU